AUGGGCUUUCUGGAAAACUACCAGGAGAUCGACCCUGUCACUUUGAACCUUUGCAUCCUCAUUGCCAGCUACGUUAUCUUGCUCCUGGUCUUCCUGAUAUCGUGUAUUAUGUAUGACUGUCGGGGCAAAGAUCCAACCAAGGAGUAUGCCCCGGACCCGCAGCCGACUCAGUCUCCCAUUAGGCUGGUGGUGAUGCAGAGCUCUCCAGCUCCGGUGGGACGGUGGGAUACGGCAAAUAUGAUCACGACCUACCACGAGCCAACGCACUCAGACUUCAGGGAGAAGAAGAGCACGAUGGUCUGA